GUAGGCUACCUGUGUAUGAGUGCCUCCCUCCAAAUAGGCAUACCCCUCCCCCUUGCUACUUUAGGAACUUGCACCCAUUCAUUCUGAUUCAUUAACAUUCCUGCCACAGAUUUCCACAAAGAACCGGAGUGGACGACAGAACAACAGGCACAGAAAAGAGGUUUAGAGUGGUGAGUCAGACCUCAGUAGAGUGGAACCCCUCUCCUCACAUACAGAGCACAGAGCUGCCAGACAAGGUGUGCUCCAGGAGUGUUGCCCACCCCCCACACACUCCACCGCUCUAUCCAAACCCUCUAGGACAGACAGGAUCCCCACUCCUCUGGACAGGACCUCAUUUUUGUUUACUGUGAAUGAAGAGAAGAGAUAAGGUGAUGAUGUCAGAGGACAGCUGUUGCCGAAUAUGCUGCAGGGGGGUGUAUAGCUGCUACUGGAGGCACCCCAGUGAGAGGAAACGAAAAUGCUCCCGCUGCAGGUUGUCAGUCCUUACCGCUGUGUCCCUCCUCACUCUGUUCUGGAUGUACGUCUGUCUGAUGGCCUUCAAUGACCGCGAGGAUGUUAACUGGAAGGCCUUUUCCAUUCUGAAACUGUGGGUGAACUGGUUCAUGGUGCUAAUCAUCAUCUCUGCUGUAUUGACCAUCUACUGCACCCUAUUACUGGUCUUUGCGCUGUUCCAACUUGCCUUGAAAGAGCCUUUGGACUUACACUGUCUGCACAAGUUGUUCCUGUUUUUAGGUGUGGCCUUCAUCACCCUGGGCAUUGCUGGAAUAAGUCUACAGUGGAAAGAAGAGUGGCACACUGUUCUUCUGUCACUGCAGGCCACGGCGCCAUUCCUACAGAUGGGAGGGGUUGGAGCCCUGACCCUGGUCAGCUGGCUGGUGUUCCAGGGCUUCCAUAGAUCCCGCAGAGUAGCCUCUAAGAUCCUCAUCAUGGUAGUGUUUGCUGGCGUGUCAGUGGCAAUGUUCCUCAGCCCACUCUUCAUCCAAUCCCCUUGUCUGGUGGACGAGAAACAGCUGCCCCCUAAACCUGCCCUCUUUGGUCAUCGCGGAGCACCAAUGCUGGCCCCAGAGAACACCAUGAUGUCGUUCAGGAAGAGUGUGGGGUGCAACGUGACCGCCUUUGAGACGGACGUGCAGCUCAGUAAGGACAGAGUACCUUACCUGAUGCACGACAACGGCAACCAUUUCCUGAGGAGGACUACAGAUGUUCUACAGAAGUUCCCUGGGAAAGACUUGAACCACAGCACAAACCUCACCUGGGAGGAGCUACAGGAAUUAAACACUGGUGAUUGGUUCCUGAAGACAGAUCCAUUCCGUUCAGUGUCCCAGCUCUCAGAACAGGAGAAGAAGACAGCUGGGAACCAGAGUGUUCCCUCCCUUCUGCAGCUGCUUCACCUGGCCAAGACUCAUAACACCUCUGUCAUCUUUGACUUGAAGAAUGACAACAACAAUGACACUAAUGACACUGUGAAAACCAUCCUCAACUCUGGCAUCCCCCACGACAAGAUCCUCUGGCUUCCCCCCACACAUAGGGAGGAUGUGAAGAAGGUUGCACCAGGAUUCAAACAGGUUUACAACAAUGUGCUUGAUAUGAACCGUGAUGGAGCAGAUCAUCUGAAUGUCAAGUACAGUGCGUUGAGCUUCCAAGAGAUCGGGGAGCUUCGGAAAAGGAACGUUUCAGUGAACCUGUGGGUGGUGAAUGAACCAUGGCUCUUCUCUUUAAUGUGGUGCUCGGGGGCCAGCUCUGUGACCACCAACGCCUGCUCUGUCCUACAGGACAAGAACCAGCCUGACUGGACAAUGGGACGUGAUACAUACAGAUAUAUAUGGAUCACAUUGGACCUGGGGUCAUUGCUCAUAAUGUUCGCACUCUUCAUCUUAAAGAGGACACAAGAGCAUCAUAUAAAGAGACAUUCUAUAAUGAGGAAGUGGAAUAAUGGUUUGUGUCUGAUUAUCUCUAGAAGAAAAGAGCUGCACACAUGUUCUGCUUUGGAAUCAAGAGAGCUAUCUUCCUUCUUACCAUCUGAAUAGUUCAGCUUGGAUCCAGAAAUCCAUCCCACCCCACCCUACUGUCUGAAUAGUUCAGCCUAGAUCCAGAAAUCCAUCCCACCCCACCCUACUGUCUGAAUAGUUCAGCCUGGAUCCAGAAAUCCAUCCCACCCCACCCUACUGUCUGAAUAGUUCAGCCUGGAUCCAGAAAUCCAUCCCACCCCACCCUACUGUCUGAAUAGCUCAGCCUGGAUCCAGAAAUCCAUCCCACCCUACUGUCUGAAUGACUCAGCCUGGAUCCAGAAAUCCAUCCCACCCCACCCCACCCUACUGUCUGAAUGGCUCAGCCUUGAAUCAGGAAGUAAUUGGGCUAAUUGAAAAGACAGUAUAUAUAAAAAUGUGUGGAUCACAUGCGUAAAGUACAUUUUACAUUCAUUAUGAGAAUUUAUGAGCAAAGGUGAAAAUACCACAUAGGUUGCCACAAGGAUGGCCAUUCAAGAAGUCAUUUAAUUGUCAUUUUAUUUCAAUAUAUUUUAGAUGCUUUUUGUGACCAUUUGUAAAUAGUGUUUUCUUAUAGAAAAUGUUUGCGUGACACUGUAUUUGUAAAAAAAUAUAUAUAUUUAUUUGUUCACUGUAUACAUUAAGUUUACGUCUUAUUUGGAAACUACUGGUGUUGGGUUCACUGAUAAAUGUCAGCACUAUUUCCACUGGGGAUUACAUUCUGAAUGAGAGAUUUACAAAAUGAUCACAAAUCAUCUUAUAGCCUAUUUUUUUAAAAUAAAAUGUUAACUGGAUUUGACGCCUGUCUGUGUGUGAACGCGCCCGUGUGUGUACGCGCCCGUGCUUGAGUGAGUAGUUGUGUGCGUGAGGGACAGAGCGUGUGUUUCAGAAAAUUACAUGUCAUGAUUUAUUUGUGUGUGAAUAAAAACAUUUGAAUGUG